UAAAUAUGUCUGAUCUGUGCUGUGGUGACAACUCACUGUUCAACAGAACGAAAUUGUUGUGUUUUACUUUAAUAUACACCGAAACACACAAUUAAACCAAGCAAUUCUCAAUAUACUCAUCAAUUAUUUCUAUAUUUAUUGUAUUAUUGACGCAUUAAAAAAUAUCUAACAUAUAUUUUAUAACAGAUAUCCUUGAAGUUGUCUCGGUUUGUAAUGUUACUAUUUCUGUAGUGAUAUAAAAUUUACAUUUGUAACAAUUUUACCGCAAGUGCACAAUAUUUUGCUAGUCAAUUUAUAAAUAAUUCAAUUCGAUUUCGGUACAUCUAGUGGUGUGAGUCAAGUGUAGUGAUUAAAAGAGAUGUGUUGGCACAAAGGGAGCAGUUAUUACUUUGCAUAGAGUUGAUUUAAUGUAGGCGCAUGGCGCGGGCGCGGUGGCGCGCGGCGGCGGCGCUGGCGGCGGUGGUGCUGGUGACGUGGGCGUGGCGCGGCCGGGGGGCGGGCGCGGGGCCGGGGGCGGGCGCGGGGGCGGGCGGGGGCGCGGUGGCCGGCCGGGAGCUGCCGCUGAUCUUCAUCGGCGGCGUGCCGCGCUCGGGCACGACUCUGAUGCGCGCGAUGCUGGACGCGCACCCCGACGUGCGCUGCGGCCAGGAGACGCGCGUGGUGCCGCGCAUCCUGCAGAUGCGGCAGCACUGGACGCGCUCGCAGAAGGAGAGCGUGCGCCUCGAGCAGGCCGGCGUCUCCAAGGCGGUGCUGGACAACGCCAUCGCCGCCUUCUGCCUCGAGGUGAUCGUGCGCCACGGCGAGCCCGCGCCGCGCCUCUGCAACAAGGACCCGCUGGUGCUCAAGAUGGGCACCUACGUCCUCGAACUCUUCCCCAAUGCCAAGUUCUUGUUCAUGGUGCGCGACGGCCGCGCCACCGUGCACUCGAUCAUAACCAGGAAGGUGACUAUUACGGGAUUCGACUUGACCAGCUACCGUCAGUGUUUGACUAAGUGGAAUCACGCCGUGGAGCUGAUGUACCAGCAGUGCAAAACGAUGGGCCCCUCCAAGUGCCUGAUGGUGCGGUACGAGUCGCUGGUGCAGGCGCCGGAGGUGACGCUGCGGCGCGUGCUGUCGUUCCUGGAGCUGCCCUGGGACGACGCCGUGCUGCACCACGAGCGGUACAUCAACCAGCCCAACGGGGUCGCCCUCUCCAACGUGGAGCGGUCGUCGGACCAGGUGGUGCGGCCCGUGAACCUGGACGCGCUGGACAAGUGGGUCGGGCAGAUCCCCAGCGACGUCCGCGCCGACAUGUCGGAGCUGGCGCCGAUGCUGUCGGUGCUGGGCUACGACCCGUGGGCCAACCCCCCGCCCCGCGCCCCGCCCGCCGCCUCCGCCGCGCCGCAGCCCCCGUAG